CUCUGGCACUAAGAAACCCUAGGAGGCCGAACCGCGAUGACGACGAGGUUCAAGAAGAACAGGAAGAAGCGCGGCCACGUAUCCGCCGGACAUGGUCGUAUCGGCAAGCACAGGAAGCAUCCUGGAGGUCGCGGUAACGCCGGAGGCAUGCACCACCACCGUAUCCUCUUCGACAAGUACCAUCCCGGUUACUUUGGGAAGGUAGGGAUGAGGUACUUUCACAAACUGAGGAACAAGUUCUACUGCCCCAUCGUGAAUUUGGACAAGCUGUGGGCGCUGGUGCCACAAGAGGUGAAGGACAAGGCCAGCAAGGACAACGUUCCAUUGAUCGAUGUCACUCAGUUUGGAUACUUCAAGGUGUUGGGGAAAGGUGUGUUGCCGGAUAACAUGCCUGUCGUUGUGAAGGCGAAGCUGAUCUCCAAGAACGCGGAGAAGAAGAUCAAGGAGGCCGGUGGAGCCGUCAUCCUCACCGCAUAGGGUAGGCAUUUUUUUUCUCAUUUCGUAUCCCAUUUUUAUUUUUUGUUUUGAAGUGGAGAUCUUUAAUUGUGGGAUUUGAUUUGAUGGUACAUCUCGUUUGUCGAAGUUGCGAAGUGAUAUGAUGUAUUUUGGAUCUAUGGAAGUAUGAGUUUCGUCGGUUAUGAUGGUUGCA